UGGCGCUGCGUGUGUGGAAGCGACCUGACCGUGGAGUGAGAGGAACGCGUCGGAUCGAGACAGCGCCGUAAGAACGCUGGCGUUCAUCUGCAGAGGUUAUAAAUACCUCCUCCUCUCUUCUCGAACCCUUUCAAGAUUGCAAUGGAUCGUGAGCGAGAUUACACUUUCAUAGGAAACGGACCUCAGUGUGUUUCCGAUAUUGCUUCUGAGCUACGAAAUGAUUACUAUUAUAAGCUUCAGGAAGUCUUCUUGGGAACAGCGAAUGGAAACAGUCAAAGUCUUAUACUAGUUCCAUACAACAAUCAUAUGCUUUUGCAAAUAGGGCUUUUGAAAGAAGAAAAUAAAGUACCUUGGAAGUAUGUACAAGACUGGCUGGAAGCGCUGUUCCCAAAAUACAGAUCUGCGCGUUUACGGAGUCUGAUUGAAAAGGCAAGCGUAAACGUACUGGGGUUAAGUGCAGAAGAGAGAGCAAUGUUUCUAGAGGAAGAAGUCAAUCUAGAGUAUGUUGGUCCGGUGUGCGACAGUCUUGGCAUUCGAAGAACUGAUCUGUUGGAAUGCACUGACCUUUCAGAAAAAAUCCCACCUGGAGAGCCUGUGACGAAUGCUCUUCUGUUGGAAUUGGACAGCUUUGUUCGAAAAGAGAAGAUUGAUCCAUCAGUUAUUGUGACCUGGUUGAAAAACUUUGACUCCCAGUUUUGCUCUGAUGGCAAUACUCACAAAGCAUAUAAAACCCUGCAACUGCAAAUCAAAACAAUGAAGGUUAGUUAUCGAAUGCAUCAAAAAAAUAAAUAUAAAAAAAACAGUCUCUUGAAUCAGUUUCUUCAGGCUGAAUUCAUUCAGAGUCCCAGUGCAUCAGAGAGUGGGGUGAGAGAUGGCAAACUGUGGAAUGGAGGUCUUUUCAAGAUGAAGCGUUUUGGCUCAAAGUUGAUUGCAAACAAAAUGCAAUCAAGGAAUGUCAGGAAUUCUGAAAUCACAAGCGGCGUAGCUGAUAAAACUUACAAGCCUCCAAAUGUGCAUGCUAGGGGAACGGAGUUUGUGUUACAGAAUCAGAGUGAAAUCUUGUCACAUCAAAAAAUAGAACAGAAUCUUAAGUGUCGAUCAGUAUCAGGUCAGUACCCGUAUCUGACAGUCAAACCCAUUCCGCAGUCAAGCCCCUGGGCUUUACAGCCAAAUGGAGCGUACUGUAAUGAUGCGUUUGACCAGCAAACUCUCGUGGAGUCUGAAGAACCGUUCGGUGUGGUUCAUUGUAGUGUAGCAAAAGAGCAGGCCUUGACACUACUGGAUGUUUCUAUCCUUGCUUUUCAAAAGCUGUCAAGUGUGUACGGCACUGAAACAGAGCUCUCCAGUCAGGUUUUCAAAGAACUGCUGAGAAAGCACUUUGUCCUGAUGUCUGAUUACACCAGUGUUAUGAAAACCUUUAAUGAGAGAGUGAGUCUGUGCCAACAAGGUCAACCUGGCAUCCCUUCACCUUUACACUUUUUAGGCUGCAAUGCCCACUAUCUUCUUGGACUGAGUCACGCAGCUGAACAAGAAAUUGUGUCUUUUGAAAAUGAAAUCUCAGCUGUUACUGGGGAGAAAUUAGGCCGUGACAAGAAUCCGAAGUUUACACAUUUCAUGAACUUUUCCGAGAGUGCUGCUGCACGUUACAUCCGCAUGGCAUGUGAUGUUUUGAACCCUCGUGGCGAAGAAAAGUUUGGAUGCAGGAAGGAGUGGCUUGCAUUCUGCGAGGCCAAUGGCAAGGCUUCCAAAGUGCCAAGCGGUCGAUCAAAUCGGUUUAAUAACUUCUUUGAAGGAGCUGCUGCUCUCAUUCAUCAUCACAUGGAUGUUGUUGCUUUCUUCUCUGAUGAGCAUGUGUUAAAGAGACUGAAUGUGAUACAGGAAAGUGUCCGUGAUGAUGUUCAAGAUCCCGUACUGCAAGCUCUAGUUUGUGUUUUUGCGGUCAUCUAUUUUCAAGUCAUAGGUCCCUACUGGCAACUCCUGAAAAGCAAUGCAGAAUACCUUGACUUCCAAAAAUACAUCCAGCGUCUUCACCAAAAGUUCAACGAAUGGUCUUUGGAUGCUACACCUCUCCUCCUACCAGAACUUAGCAAUACAGCUUUCCACCAGUUUCUUCAUCAUGAGGAGAGCUUUGAUGGUUUGUUUGCAUAUUGUAACCCUAACAAUCCAUACUUUACCCUCAUAAAGAAGACACUGGAACAAACUAUGAAAUCAUUUGUUGCUGUGACUCAGAGAGAGCUUUCCGAUUUCUUGCCAGGAGGGGUUCACAGUAAAGAGCCCACACCAGAACUUCGUGCAAAAAUGAGAACCUGCCAGCUUGCACAGUUGAUGGGUGAAUACCCCUUUGGACACACUUACACUGACAAGUACAGAAGGCCCAACAAUUCUUUGAAUCACCAAAGACCCUUGCACAGUCCAUCUCGUACCUCCGGUCAGACAGGAAGACACAAGAAGCGAAUGCAACUGAGCAGCAUAGAGAUGAAUUCAAUGCAGAAAAAACAGCUGCUGGAUAUCACAAACAAGUCAAAGAUUAUGGCUGCAGUGGUGAGAAACGGAGGACCUUGCAAAACUAAAAGAGAUGUUGAUUGCCUUUUGUCUAGCUUGGAAGGGGCCAAUCACUCACAGAAACGUGAGGCAAUACGAUUGCAGAUUAGUUACCAGAAAAUUGUUCUUGGCUUAAAAGACAGAAACUUAACCCAUAUAGGGUUUUCUCUGAAAGACAUGGUGGAUAAACUCAAGUCGGUCUUGGCAGAUGAUGAGUGCCCACAGAUCCCUGUUCACAGCAGUAAACCAGCGUUUAGCCAGGAUGCCCAAGCAGGACCAAGCCAGCGGCCAUGUGAGGUAGUCCCUUCCACUACAAUGGGAAGUGCAGCUCAAGAUCCUUUAGAAGAUUGCCACUUUGAAAACAAUGACAAACACACCAUGAAAAGGAGUUCUAAGUUACACAAAAACGAAAUUCAGUCUUUUGUGUUUCUAGAUUAAUGUCCUUGCGAUGCGUUGCAUUAACUUGUGUACACCAGACAUUGGGAAAUGUUCAAAGAAUUGCAGUUUCUUCAGAGGAUCAAAAGCAAUCCCUUUCACUAGCUGUGAAAGUUAUGCAGACUGUUACAUACUAUGUACGCUUUGUGCUGUUGAAACUAUAAGUUUAAAAAAAAAAAUCAAACUAAUGGAGAACUUUAGCAAAUUCCAGAAAGCAGUAGUUUUUUUUUUGUUUUGUUUUUGUUUUUUUUAAACGUGAAAGCAAAGCUAGCUUUCUUCAUAAUGCAUGCUUGAAAACAGGAAUACACCUAAAAUAUAUUUAGCUCCCUUAUAGUGUAUGUGUGUAGACUUCUAGUAAACCAGUCUGAGUCGUGGCUGCUGAGGACGCCUGUAGCCUUCUAGUCAUGCAUGACUAAUGGAGCCUUCUAGAUACAAACAAACCCAUCCACCCCCUCAGCUGAUGCGUCUUGCCACAGUUUCAUCUAUUUGUGUUUCUGUAAAAAGCAGCAUGUACAGAAGAAAAUUGGUUUUUUUUUGUUUGUUUUUUUUGUGUUCCCGGAGCCAGUAUUUAGUAAGCAUGAUUUUAUGAAAACGGAAUGCUUUUCAUGAUAUGCAGUUAAUGAGUAAAUAUACAGGACUGUGGGGCCUCUGAAAUUAUAUUUAUAUUUAGUCAUAUUACUCUCUUUAAAGCAUUCAUAAUAUUCAUGUACAUGUGUCAAACUAUUAUAUACCCAGUCUUGGACUUGGAUGUUCCAAGAGUACCUGCAGUUUUAGAUUUUUUUUAAAUAUAAAUACAAAGUUCCCUAUCAAGUAUGAAAUGUAACCAUUACAGCAUGGGUAUUUAUCCCUAAAGACCCUGUAACCUGGAUAGAUAUAACAAAGAAUGCUCUUCAUAUCCUGUGACACAAUCAUGGCAACCCCUGAGGGCAUGAACAGAUCGCACGAACAUACAUCGUCACCAUUUUUCCUUUUGUCCGACCUCAGCAGUAGAGACUACGAGCAGAUCAGUGUUAGGUAUUCUUUUAUCUGCUUGUUCUCUUGUGUAGCUGCACUGUUAAUGUGGUUUAUAUUUACGUGAUUGUAAAACCCGUCGUGGUUUUCUUAAAUUAUGUAUAAUUCACACUAAUCAAGCGUUUACUGUUCUGUGUGAGAUUUGUUCCUCUGUGUAUUUCAGUUCUGGGCUCAGCAGUCCUGCGUUGGGCCGAGACAUGCACUUAGGGCUAAAACUGCUUUCAGUUUUCCCCCAAUGUCUCGUUGCCACAUUUACUUCUGCUUGCAGAAGUAUUGUGAAGACUGUUAGACAGUAGGUUUUCCUCAGUCUUCAGACUGUUGGGUUAGCCAUGAGCUUAAUAGGCGGGUAUCCCUUUAGAUCGCUUCUGUGGUAACUAGGUCCAGGCCUGCCUCGUUCCCACCAGUACAAGUUCUGUACAACGAACAAGGUUACCACUCCGAUUCACUACGCAGCUGCUAGGCUUAGCCCUGCCUUGGGUCUGAUUGCUUGCAAUCCUUCCUGCAGUGUUUCAGGCCGCCUUUGUUCUUGCUUGCAGUACCGUUGCAAAAGCUGUCAUGGCUGUGGCAGCAGGGUUUCCCCAGUCUUAGGGCUGUGUUGGUUUGCCUGAAGCUAUAUAGGUGGGCACCCCUGUAUAGUGCUUCUGCAGUAACUGUGGAUCACAGACCUGUCCUGUUUCUGACCUGGUACACGUACCGAACAGUGAACAAGGUUACUGGACUGCCGUACCCGAAUUGUAUCGUACCAAGUGUACCGUACCUAAGGUACCUUGCCGGGUAUACCACCACUGAGUGGUGAGCCACCACCGAGUGUACCACCGUACUGAGUGUACCACUGUACCAGGUGUACCACACCGGGUGUAACCACCCACCGAACUGUACCAGGGUAUUGUACAGCACUAGUGCUCGGGCACUGUGCGGCUGUGACCCAAUCUGUUCAUUUACUGUCUGCUCGGUUCAUUACUGUUCAGACUUGGUUCUAAGCUGGUGUUGUGGUGAAAAGCAGUGAUACCAUCCCUUGUCCAGUACCAGUGGACCCGGUUUGAGUCUCGACACGCGCUGUUUUUCUAUAUUUUUAAUACAGUACUUUUGUCAGCAGCAUUGCUGCGUAUGCUGUCUGAGACAGUGGCUUUUGGUUACAAGUAUUGUAUACUGCACCUUCUACAUACUACUGUAUACAGGCGCUGGCUUGUGCUUUUCAAAGUGCAUGGAGGCUAUUCUGUCCCCACUGAGACUACGGCUGGACGAUAGUGAUUUUUUACUAUCGAUGCAUCGUUUUCAUAAAGACCCGGUGCAUUGUUGUUUCAUAACGCAAUAGAAACUUGUAAAUAAUAAGUACAUAUAAACCCACCCCUCUCUUUACUGCGGACGGAUCAGUCCUGGAGUUGGCUUCCCAUUUUUACUGUCUAACUGCGUAUGCCUUAGCUGCAAUAUACAUAGGC